AUGGCGGACGGCGACGGCGACGACGAGCUGGCCAUGGAGAUGGAGGCACUUAGCUACACCUACCCUGAAAUAGAGAUUGAGGUGUUUGAGCCCAGCAACAGCGCAUGCACGGAAGCCGGCCCCGCCGCCGCCGCGGCUGUGCGCAUCGACCUCCGCCCGCGCGCCGCGCGCCAAGCGUUUGUCGCCGCCGCGCUGCGCCUCACGGCGCCGCGCGGCUACCCGGCGGCUUCUCCCCCUAUCAUCGAGCUCCGGGAGCCGCGGGGCCUCGGGGACGCGCGGGAGGCGGCGCUGCUGGCGCGGCUGGCGGCAGAGGCGCGGGACCUCAUUGGUAGCCCCUGCCUGGGCCAGCUCAUCGAGCUCUGCCAAGACCUGCUGUCCGACGCCAACGCCCCUGAAGGGCCCUGCGCGAUCUGCCUUUCUGUAAUGGAGCCCGGCCCGGACGACCCUGAGGAGAGCAGCAACCGCGACGGCUGCACUGUCGCGGCCCCGCCGGCGCUGGCGCGUCUGCCGUGCUACCAUACAUUCCACACGCCGUGCUUCGAGCGCUGGUGGGCGUUCGAGCAGGCGUCGUGCGCGGCGCAGCAGCGCGAGCUGGCGGCGCGCACGGGGGCGACGGCGGCGGCAGCGCUGGCGCAGGCCGCGCGGCCCAAUCCUCCUUCCUAA